GUCGUAUUGGUGAUGCCUCGAGGGGUAUAUAUACGACGAGCGCUGCGGGGCUUGAUAAACACUUGCCCAUCAGCGAUUACUGCUGCACCAUGUACACGUCACUGAUAGCUGUGCUCGCGCUAGCGUGCUGCGUGUCAUCCGCCCCCGCGGAGGACGUGGUGCCGAUCGUCAGCCAGAGCCAAGAGGGCCCGAACCCGGACGGUUCGUACAAAUGGAACUACGAGGCUGGUAACGGGAUUAAAGCGGACGAGGAGGGCCAGGUGCAAAACGCUGGGUCCGAGAACGAGGCGAUGAACGCGCAGGGCAGCUUCAGUUAUCAGAGCGACGACGGCCAGCAAAUCUCGCUGACGUACGUCGCGAACGCUGACGGAUUCCAACCGCAGGGCGCUCAUCUGCCCACCACGCCCGAGAUCCCGCCCCUAAUUCAGAAAGCGCUCGAGUGGAUAGCGGCGCAUCCCUCCAAGGAUGACCAGAACCAGGUGUAAACGAUAACACGUCCGUCGUCAGUGAUCUCACCCGAGCCCCUCAAUUUUAACGCCACGAAAUACAAUGAGUCGCUAGCCGUCGUUGCCUCUCCCGUCCAGCUAUAACACGCGUUCACCACUCUGGUUCAAUUUGCUGUAAAUAUUUAUUUUAUACUUACCGAGGUACAUACAUACGUAUAACACAUACACAUGUAUUAUAUCGUUAUACCCUAUUAUAUAAUGUAUUAUGUAUUAUGUAUUAUGUAUCGUCGCGCAUGCAGACGCGAGCAUCUACUACGAGCAACGACAGUGUAAAUAAUCGUUGUUUAGUAUAUGUCACCGAUGCAUACGGAAUAAACGUUGCAAUUCAAGACAC